AUGCCGGGGUCUGUGAGAGGAGUGCGUCGGCUGGCCAAAGAAAUCCGUAAAGAACAAGCUGUGCACACAGCCAGAUUGGAAGAAAUUAUCCGAGCAUAUGGGAAGCUCGCAAUUAAGAAUGAUAUUCUCCAGCAUGAGGUUACUGGGUUGCGUGCAGCGCUUGUGGAAGAGAAGAAAAAGCGGAAAAGAGGCAAAGGUAUGGGACUUUUUGAUAAAGAACGGCCUGGAGAAGCACAAUUCUUUACGCCAUCAAAGGUUGCAGUAGUUAGACAACGAGCAGAAGAGAUAGAGACUGAAAGCCAACUGCAAAAAUCUCUUGCAGAGGAAAAGAGGAUCCAGCAAGCACGAGAGAAGGAGGAGAAAGCCCUGGCAAAGGUGGAAAAGGCACGAGAGAGAGAGGCAAAGAAACAAGCCAAAAUUGCGGAGCGCGAACAUGCUACAAAACAGAAGGAAGAGCGCAAAGCUGAAAAGCUUGUUUUAAAGCAAAUCCAGCUUGAAAACAAGGCUCGAUUAGCUGCUGAGCAAGAGGCUUGGAAAAAGCGGAGUGGAGAAGAUCUAGGAAAACCAGUGGUAAAAAAGCAUAAGAUUACAACUCAGGAACAGGCAAAGGCACCUAAAAAAGUGACUCAAAUAGAGAAGCAGGCUUUAAAGAAUCGGGCUAUGGCAGCAAAUUCGUCUGCAGAUGUUUGUGGAUCAGAUUGCAGUGGGUCAAAUCAGGAUGGGCAGGUUUUGAGGGUUUCGAGGACCGGGCACAAAAUCGCUCCCCCACAGCGGUUUUUAGACUAA